AUGUGCUUCCCCGGCAAGAGGCUUAAGAACAACCACUCAGAAGACACUCAGCCCGCAUCCAAGUCCAAGUCCUCCCCCGCCUCCUCCGCACCUGCACCUACCCCCGCUCCUGCCAUCCAACCCGCACCUGCUACAGCCAUGUCUAGCCCCAAGGUCGCCAUCAUCAUCUACUCCAUGUACGGCCACGUCGCCACUUUGGCGGAGGCCGUGAAGAAGGGUAUCCAGGCCGGCGGCGGUUCUGCCACCAUCUACCAGAUCGCGGAGACCCUCCCCCAGGAGGUCCUCGAUAAGCUCUACGCGCCCCCCAAGCCCAACUACCCCAUCCUCGCCCCGAACGACCUCGCCCAGUUCGACGCGUUCGUCUUCGGCAUCCCCACCCGAUACGGCAACUUCCCCGGCCAGUGGAAGGCCUUCUGGGACGCGACCGGCCAGCUGUGGGCCACGGGCGCGCUCCAUGGCAAGUACGCGUCCGUCUUUGUCUCCACCUCGUCCCCCGGCGGCGGCCAGGAGUCGACCGUCAUCAACUCGAUCUCGACGCUCACCCACCACGGCAUCAUCUACGUCCCCCUCGGGUACGCAAAGACGUUCGGCCAGCUCACGAACCUCACGGAGGUCCACGGUGGCUCUCCCUGGGGCGCGGGUACCUUCGCGGGCGCUGACGGCUCGCGCAAGCCCUCCGCGCUCGAGCUCGAGGUCGCCGAGGCGCAGGGCAAGGGCUUCUGGGAGACCGUCGCCAAGGUCAAGUUCUGA